GCUGCUUUCCCAUUCCAAUCGGCAAGGCGCAACAUGGCGGACUAGGAGAGGCGGCACGACAGCGCCCGGAUACAGAGAGUAAAACGCGGGAUACAGGCACCCGGCGCUGCACUGAGCACAAAAACGGAUCUUCGUGGAAAAGAAGAGGGAGAAGGACGAAAAACAGGACACUUUAUGAAUUGUUUGGACAUGUAAUUUUGCGCCAGGUUCCGAGCGGGCCGUGUACAGCGCAACCUCGGCACUCGGGGUGAGGAGGAGUCCGGGGCCGGGACAUCGAGUGCUGGAUACCAACUUCACAAACCCCCGCUCUUCAGUGCAGAUUAUACCGGUGUACAGUGUGUGGAAACGGGCGCUGAGGCAGUCACGGUGCGAAUGAGUGAGUGAUGCAGAGCACUUUUUUGCAGUAGCACGGAGGAAAAAAUGCUUCAUAUUAGGAGAAAAAGGUGUGGAGGCUGCUGAUUGGAUGCUCGUCAUUAAAAAUCCGAAGUUAAAGCAGUCAGGGCAGUAUGGCUCUGUGUCCCCUGCUCCUGUUGUUUGCCUUGGCCUCUGGUUGGGCCCAGCAACCCCCCGAGGUCUCAGAUCAGAGUCAGAAUGUGACGCCCACACCUCUAAUAAUUCCUCCUCCCACAGCACACAACCUCACUCAUGACCCCGCCCCUUCAGCCACAACCCCGCAAACCAAGCAACCUGUUGUUAUUUCAACCGCGAAAGUACCAGGAAAGAUGCCAGAUCUAGGGGUCUCGGGGCCCUCUUCUACCAAUAUUCUGCCUCCCGACACCAAUCAUACCAGUGAUCCGAUCCCUGCGCCUACCACCGUUGGAGGAGGAGUGACGGAGAACAAAAGCAUAACUUUACCUCCCCCAACCACGCCCGUUCCUUCUACAACUAAGGCCCCUUCUCCUACCGCCCUCUCCACCAAUCCUGGUUCUUAUAGUAACACGACCCCAAAUGCGAGUCUUUCUCCUACUGUUAAACCCAGUAUGACCACUAAGCUGCCUGAAAUCAGCACAACACAGUUCACCAGCAUUCCUCCAGGUGGAGGUGGUGAAGAUACAGCAAUCAUUGCUGUGACGGUGGCCUUAUCGUCUCUGCUGGUCAUCAUCUUCAUCAUCAUCGUCCUCUACAUGCUCAGGUUUAAGAAGUACAAGCAGGCAGGAAGCCACUCGAACUCCUUCAGACUGACCAAUGGCAGGACGGAUGACACAGAGCUUCAGAGCGUGCCACUAUUGGCCCGCUCGCCCAGCACAAACAGGAAGUAUCCGCCACUUCCAGUGGACAAGCUCGAGGAGGAAAUGAACCGUCGCAUGGCCGAUGACAAUAAACUCUUCCGGGAGGAAUUCAAUGCGUUGCCAGUUUGCCCAAUCCAGGCCUCAUGUGAUGCCGCCUCCAAAGAGGAGAACAAGGAAAAGAACCGCUACGUCAACAUUCUACCCUAUGAUCACUCCAGGGUCCAUCUCUCCCCUCUAGAGGGCGUCCCAGACUCAGAUUUCAUCAACGCUUCUUACAUUAAUGGCUAUCAGGAGAAGAACAAAUUUAUAGCUGCCCAAGGGCCGAAAGAGGAGACGGUGAACGACUUCUGGAGAAUGAUCUGGGAGCAGAACACUGCCACCAUCGUCAUGGUGACCAACCUGAAGGAGAGGAAGGAGUGUAAGUGUGCUCAGUACUGGCCGGAUCAGGGCUGCUGGACGUAUGGGAACAUCCGUGUUUCUGUGGAGGACAUGACCGUGCUGGUGGACUACACCAUACGCAAGUUCUGCAUUCAGCAGGUGGGGGAUGUAUCAGGGAAGAAGCCCCAGAGGCUGGUGACUCAGUUCCAUUUCACCAGCUGGCCAGAUUUUGGUGUGCCCUUUACCCCCAUUGGAAUGCUUAAGUUCCUUAAAAAGGUUAAAGCGUGCAACCCACAGUAUGCUGGGCCCAUAGUGGUGCACUGCAGCGCGGGUGUCGGGAGGACGGGGACCUUCAUCGUAAUCGAUGCGAUGUUGGACAUGAUGGCUGCCGAGAGGAAGGUGGAUGUGUUCGGCUUCGUCACAAGGAUCCGAGCCCAGCGGUGCCAGAUGGUCCAGACCGAUAUGCAGUACGUAUUUAUUUUCCAGGCUCUGUUGGAACACUACCUGUAUGGAGACACAGAGCUGGAGGUUACCUCUCUAGAGUCUCACCUGGCCAAACUCUACACUCCUUUACCAGGAGCUGGUUGUGGUGGACUGGAGGCAGAGUUUAAGAAGCUGACCUCUAUAAAGAUCCAGAAUGAUAAAAUGAGAACAGGGAACCUUCCCGCCAACAUGAAGAAGAACCGUGUGCUGCAGAUCAUUCCAUACGAGUUUAAUCGAGUGAUCGUUCCUGUAAAGCGCGGUGAGGAGAACACAGACUAUGUCAAUGCCUCCUUCAUUGACGGCUACAGGCAAAAGGACUCGUACAUGGCGAGUCAGGGCCCACUGCAGCACACCAUCGAGGACUUCUGGAGGAUGAUCUGGGAGUGGAGGAGCUGCUCUAUUGUGAUGCUCACUGAACUGGAGGAGAGAGGACAGGAGAAGUGUGCUCAGUACUGGCCCACUGAUGGAGUGAUGGUGUGUGGUGAUAUGUCCAUUGAAAUGAAGAGAGAGGAGGAAUGUGAGAGUUACACUGUCCGAGAUCUACUCGUCACCAACACCAGAGAGAAUAAAUCUCGUGCUGUGCGUCAGUUCCACUUUCACGGCUGGCCUGAGGUGGGGAUCCCAGCCGACGGUAAAGGCAUGAUCAACAUCAUUGCCGCUGUGCAGAAACAGCAGCAGCAGUCUGGAAACCACCCAAUCACAGUGCACUGCAGCGCCGGCGCAGGUCGUACGGGCACAUUUUGCGCUUUGAGCACUGUUCUGGAGCGUGUGAAGGCAGAGGGCAUUCUAGACGUCUUUCAGACAGUGAAGAGCCUGCGACUGCAGAGACCACACAUGGUGCAGACACUGGAGCAGUAUGAAUUUUGCUACAAAGUGGUCCAGGAAUACAUCGAUGCCUUUUCCGACUAUGCCAACUUUAAGUAGGGUCCCUACUGAGUGAGUGACGUCCACAGCCUCUCACACACAGUUACACACGCAAGCUCAGCACUGGACUGGCUGCAAUCGCAGAAAAGGGAACAAGGACAGAGGAGGAUGAGAGGGAUGGCAAUUUUUUUCAGAAGAGGACAAAAAAAAAAUGCCUUCUUGAGUAUUUUGUAAUUUUGUGUAUUGUCUUUUUUUUUUUUUGCCAGUGUAAAUACACUUCCCCCAUCAUUUAUUUGUUUUUAGAUGCAAGUUUUAGAGUGACCUUUUUUCCUGAUGUAGUUUACAGGAAUAUGAAUAUAAACAUAGUUUUAUGACUCUGAAUUGGUUUUGAGUUGAACAGCUGGACCAUCCUUUUUUGCCCCUCGUUUUGAGUGUUGGAGACUUGACCACUCGAACCUGUUACACUUUUGCUUGCAGCCGUAUUUUUUUUGGCUCACUUACACAAGUAACACAACACAACCUAUAUUCCUUUGUGUUUUCUUAAAAAUCUACAGUGCAUUGACCACGUCUGUGCCGGAGAACCCAGAGUGAGUUGUUCCUCCUUCUACAUAAGCAGCAGUGUAUCGGAUGAGGUACUAUACAGUCCCAGUUCCUCACGGAGGACCAGUUCGAAACACGUUAUUUAAGUCUUAGGAAAAACUGUUUUGGACACUGUUAAAGCAUUUGGGCACCAUUUUUCCUUCAGCACAAUUGAGUGUCAGUUCUUAUAAAUAUGUUUGGGUUCCGAGAGAGAGGCUUCUCAAAAAUGUCUGAACAGGUGCUUCUUUUCAUACCAAUACAAAAUCUUUGCUGAAAUGACUCUGCUGUCAGACAAACGGUCAUCAGAAAGAAUGUGUGAAUAAAAUAUCUUGGCCUUUUUUACUUCUCAGACCAAACCUUAAAAAUAAAUUUUUUAACCCUGACUGGUAGUUCAGUCAGUCUUGAGGUGUUUACGAGUUUAAUACGUUGUCAUAUGUGUACCAAGAGACUUGGACAUUUCUCCUCAUGAGCAAGAGUGCAACUAGUGAGGGUGAAGAAAAAAUAAUAAGAAAAGCUAGUUGUUACUGAUUAUCAUGACAGAAUGUGGCAUGGUUCUGUUUGCAUCCUUCUGUCUGGCCCUUCUUACUUUAUUUCAUUAUGAGCACUUUUGUGUGAAGCAGUCCUUUAACACUCCACUGAGCCAGUCAACCGGAUAACUACCAAGAACCUUUCUUUCUUUCUUUCUUUCUGUCUUUCUGUCUUUCUGUCUUCACUAAUCACUUCACUUGUUUACAUUGCUUUUGAGGUGCAAUUGGAAAGUGCUGCCUUGAUCAAGAGAAACGAAACUGUUCAACGUCACCCAGUUACAGCAAAAUGUUUCCUCUUUGCAAGGGGUCAAAGGCCACUGUUGAGCAGCUGUGAAUAAACCGAUAAACCCCCAAACUUUCUUGACCAACGAGCGCGUGUAAAUUGCUCCUCGACUAACAGAACACUUACACAGCAAAGUGUGAAUGUUCAGCUCGCUUCUGUCUGCUGGUGAAUGUUUGAAAUUAGCGCUGUAUCUAAACUCCAUGGUCGUCCGAGUCAGAGCCUGCACACUGCUGAUGAGGAAGUGAGCCCUGAGGAUAUCAGACUCGUCUUGGUUUACAUCAAUCUGAUUUUUUAUUUUUAUUUUUUUAGUAACUUUUAAAAAAAAAUACAGGGUUAGAUCAGAUUUCCUUACGUAAAGGAAUUCUGGCAUUUUAUUUUCUAAUUCCAGGUUAAUCUCUUCAUCCGUAGUGUAUGCCUGAUACCAAGAUAUUUCCCUUGCAGAACCUGUUCAUUCCUGUAUUAAUUUUAAUAUGGUCUAAUGGCAGUUAAAUAAGAUGUUAAACUAUGAAACUAACCUAUUUACUACAGAUAAGGCGAAUGGUGAUUAGAUAAAUUAAAAACAAACAAAAAACAACAACGCUGGAGUAUUUUUCUUUUUUUUUUUCUUAAUGAAACACUGUGCCAA